CGCCGUCGCCCCCCGCUCUGCGGCAGGUCCGCGUGCUCGAUGGGUGGGUCGAGGAUGGCAGCGAGGCGUGAGGGAGCGGGAACGCUGGAGGGGAACCCGCUCACAGGCCGCCGACAGCGAGACCGCACGCUCCUGGGCGGAGUGGGCCACCGGGCCCCCAUCGGCGACGAGUGGGCGAUGGGGAGAGGAGGAGGAGGAGGAGGAGGAGGCGAGCAGGAACGGAGCGAGCACCUAGAGGCCUCCCAGGUGUGGCUGGAGCAAGCGGAGGCCCAAAGGUCGCACCGCACCUCCGACGCAUCUCCGACGAUGCCGCCGACACCGGCACGGCAAGAACAGGCCCCGGAUCGUGCCGAUGCCUGGCUCGAUGUGCCUGCUGUAAGUGCGCUUGCUCUCGCCGCGAGGAGGAGGCACGGAGCCUUCGGCUCGGGCCGAGCGCUGGUCCGUUGCAGCAGGCUCCAGCACGCUCGCUGCUCGGCGGCGGCCACAGGGGCGCUCAGGCCGGGGGAGAGCACCGCGUACGGUUCUGCAAAGCUACCCACUCUUCUUCGGCCCAGGCGACGUGGGAGGUAGCAAACGAGGGGCUGGCAAACCAGCUCAAGCACAUGGAUGACUCUCCCGGCGCCAUCCAGGCUUAUGUCGGGCCUAACCCCCCAUGGCCCGACUUAAGACUCUCCCGGCGCCAGCCAGGCGGCGGGAGCGGCAGGCGCCCCCGACGCAUCGAGGAGAGGCGCCCGGCGGCGGGGCCGACGCCUGCAGCAGAUCUCUGCACCCCCCCCCUAGGGAGCCCACAAAGGACGUACGCGCCCAGCUAUGUACAUGAACACGGCCCCUCGAUCCGCG